AUGUGUUCGAUUAGGGACCUGUCGCUGAUUACCGAUGCUAUUAAACGAUACUCGUACCUUCUCGGUCAGACGGAUCUUUUCACGCACUUUAUAGAUAUCAAGGCGCGUUAUAUCACAAAACUCGUGAUCCGCAAUAUUGGACUCGCAGCCGAAGCCAUUGAAGGCGACGAGAAUGCAGGUCAUCGCAAGUCUGAGAAGGAAGAUGAUGAUGAAUUGUUGAAUGAUGGGGGAUUCGCUGCGGAUGGAGACGACCAACCCUAUGUCUUUGAAGAGUCACCGAGCUACGUUAACGGUAUGAUGAAGACAUCAACUUUAAGGACUGAAUUGGAUGGUCUCGUUGCACCACAACGGGUGCGACGUAUCGAUCGUCCAGACGACUAG